AUGGACGAUUACCCUCAGUGCGAGACGUGCGGCGCGAGGUUUUACUACCCGGCGAAACUCGCGGAGCACGCCAACGUGCACUCGGGGACGACGCCGUUUCGGUGCGAGCACGACGGAUGCGAGGAGGCGUUCCCGACGAGGGAUCGGUUGCGGACGCACGCGCAGAAGCACGACGCAAAGCACGAGUGCGCGUUGUGCGGGAAACGCUUCCAAACCGCAGGCGCGUCGAGGCGUUCAACACGCGUUCAACGCCUGAACGACCGUCGCGUCGCCCCGCGCGUCCGUCCAUCGCUCGCGUCUCCGAGUCGCGUCCUUCGCUCGCACGCGAUGACGCACACGACGAGCCGCCCGCACGCGUGCCCGCACGAGGGCUGCGGCAAGGCGUUCAAGACGGAAAAAGCGGUCGCGUCUCACGCGAGGACGCACACGGGGGAGAAGCCGUACCGGUGCACGUUCGGCGCGUGCGAGCGCGCGUUCUCGAGCCAGGGCGAGUUCAGCCGGCAUCGGAUCAAGACGCACGGGGUGCGUCUGAGGAACGCCCAGCCGGCGGCGGGGGUUGGGGACGUCGGCGGGGGUUUCGUCGGCGUCGGCGUCGGCGCCGACGAGGUCCUCGUCGCGGGCGUGUGCGAGUGA